CAAAAAUGGCUGCGCCCAUGUUGACACACUUUUGAUUUUUUAUAGACAUUUGUGAUUUAUCCUGAUUUCAAAAUGGGAGAGAGCAAUCAGCAAGUAUCUAAAGAUUUAUUACAGAUCACACCAGUUCCUGAAAACUCAUCCCUACUCAUCAAUAAGAAUAUUCAUAAACUGGAGGACCUCAGGAAGAAUUUUAAAGCAGCGCCUAGUUCAGUUUUAGGCCAGGUCAGAAACUUUCUGCCGAAGUUAGCAACUGCCAACCAAGAGCUGGAGGAGAGAAUGAAGGCUGAUCCAAAUUUUACACCCGAUAUUGAGCAGUUAGAUGAUGAAGAGGAUCAACAUAUCGAAAUGGAUCUCGCAUUGGUAGAACAAGCUUUCAGUGAAGACAGCAGCUCAGACUCGGAAAGUAGUGAAGAUGGCUCUGAAGACUCGGACAAAGAUAUUCGUAUUGGACCUGUCACUGUACACAACAUCAGACUUCCUAAUCAACCUGUGAAAGUGGGUAGAACCCUUGUUGAAACUCUGGAAACCAGUGGUAAUAAUGUGGCUACCAAUGAAACUCAAGAUGCAGAUAUUGGAAGCGAUAGUAGUGUGGAUACCCAUGAGACUGAAUAUGCAAGCAUUUAAGAUCAGUGAAAAUGUCAUGGGAACCAUGAGACUGAAAAAGUAAACAUUUAAGAUCAGAGAAAAUAUCAGAGAAAAUAUCAUGGAUACCAUGAAACUAAAAAGUAAACAUUGAAGAUCAGUGAAAAGGUCAUGAAUACCAUGAGACUAAAAAAAGUAAACAUUAAAGAUCAGUGAAAAUGUCAUGAAUACCAUGAAACUUAAAAUGCAAACAUUGCAGAUUAGUGAAAAUGUCAUUGAUACCAUGAAAAUAAAAAAGACUAACAUUAAAGAUCAGUGAAAAUGUCAUGGAUACCCAUGAGACUUAAAAAGCAAAUAUUGAAGAUCAGUGAAAAUGUCAUAGAAACCAUGAGACUUAAAAAGCAAAUAUUGAAGAUCAGUGAAAAUGUCAUGGAAACCAUGAGACUAAAAAAGCAAAUAUUGAAGAUCAGUGAAAAUGUCAUGGAAAGCAUGAGACUAAAAAUGCAAACUUUAAAGAUCAGUGAAAAUGUCAUGGAAACCAUGAGACUAAAAAAGCAAAUAUUAAAGAUCAGUGAAAAUGUCACGAGUACCAUGAGGCUAAAAAAGCAAACAUUGAAGAUCAGUGGAAUUGUCAUGAAUACCCAUGAGACUUAAAAUGAACAUUAAAGAUCAGUGAAAAUGUCAUGGAUACCCAUGAGACUAUUGAAGAUCAGUGAAAAUGUCAUGGAUACCCAUGUGACUGUUGAAAAUAAGUGAACAUGUCAUGUAUACCCAUGUGACUGUUGAAGAUCAGUGAAAAUGUCAUGGAUACCCAUGUGACUGUUGAAGAUCAGUGAAAAUGUCAUGGAUACUCAUGUGACUGUUGAAGAUCAGUGAACAUGUCAUGGAUACCCCUGAUAAUAAUGGUGAUUUUACCUUUACAGAUGAAUACAUAAUGUGCGUUCUUGGGCUAUAAUUAUUCUCAUGAAUUGGUUUAAGAACAAAUACCCUUUUGGAGAUAAAACUGAAAGGGAUUCACUCAAAGAUUUUAUAUUGGCAACAGUUAUAGUUUAAAAAUGUGCUUUUUAAUUUACUUAUGAACACACACCAACAAGCAGAUGCUAAAUUAAUCAGAAUUUUGUAAAUUUAGCCUAAAAUACUUUAAUGAUCAAUGUUACAAGUGAUCAGCAAAAUCAAUUCUUUUCUUUCACAUCUUUUACAGAGUUGUCAAUAAGAACCGGCCGCCGACCGAAAUGGACGGUUCAAAUGGAGUUUGGGCCGGUUCAAAUUCGGAAAAAAAAAUUGAUCGCGAGUUUUUUUGGUAAUAAAUGUUCCUUACCGCUAAAAUCGGCCCUUUUCGCCUAUAACAUCUCUUUUCGCUAUUUAGAGCAUCGCCUUGACUGGUUUAAAAUUUUCCGAUAAUCUGAAUCAUUAUCUUACGAUUCGGCGUAUUUGUAGAUGCGAUUUUUUGUUUAUCCAACAUUGCCGACAUUUUGACACCAUGACCUGUGACGUCAGGCGCGUUAUAACUUGCAGCAUUGUGUAAAUUUCCACGAGGAAAACGAGACAGGAAUGCCUACAAACCUGCGCUGUCAACGUUUUACGCAGCUUUGAUACCAUUAUUUCGCGAUUUUCCAAAAUUCUUAAAAUAGUUACUUUGUGGGUUUUUUUUUUGAGUGCUUUGUAUUUAUCGAUGUUUAUACUUCAUGGAAAUGAAUUUAUAGCAAAUAAACAAGUAACAGAUAUGAAAAUAAAUGACCCUACAUUACGAGUACGUAGAAUUACGUAUCUAUGAAGCCAUCGAUAAAGUGUGGAUCUCCGUAUCUAUGAAGCUAUGGAUAGAUAAGUAAAAUUGCGUAUCUAUAAAGUAAAGGGUUUGCAAAAAAUACUCCCAAAAUGUCCCAGAAUGCAGGAAAUGAAGCGCUGAAUUUUCUGGGCCGGGGUGGGGGCGUGGGGGCAUGCCCACGGACCCCCCUACCUGGCCGCCUCCUUUUCUGUUUCAGUCGGUUCAACAAAAACUUAUUAACAACCCUGCUUUUAAUAAAUAUUAACAUUAGCCUUGGGCUCUAAAAUGAUGUGUUUUUGAGACAUUUAGCAUUUUCAUCACUUUUCACAUGAAAUAAUGUUCUUGAUGUCUGACCCUCUUUAAGGUGUAUAAGUUCCUGUGAAAUGUGAGCGUACUGUAUAGCAUAAAGAUGUCCUUUCCGAUGAUGAUUUCCAUGUUGUUUGUUUUACCAUAUCUAGACAUCUGUCUAGGCAGGCCUAGAAAAUGUGGAUAUAUACCUUUGUGCAUUUGUAUAGAAAUUGAUAAAUGUAAAUAUUAUGAUAAUAAAAAUAAUAACUAUAAUAAGGGGUUAUCUUUAUGUUGUACAGUGGUUGACAAAGAGCUACCAAUUUAUUGUUGAUAUGUCUUGGCCCGUUGGGCAUAAAGAAACUUGUAACUUGAAGUCUUUAUGGUGGCCUCACUGGCACCGGAUUUUCAAACUUAAUCAUUUUUUUAAAAAAUCAAAAAAAAUCUUAUAAUUCCUUCCUAAAAAUAAUAAU